UAAUCGACUCGCAGAUACAAUCGCUGGUAUGUUGUGGGACUUCCUGGUCAAACACAAGCAUCAGGACACCGACGUGUCGCUCUGCGCGGACCCAACACGCAGUCCGGUCAUCGGGUCCGACAUCAUCUGGACUGUGAGGCGGUGAGGAGAGAGGGUUCAUUCACGGUGACGUGACUCCCCAUCAACGUCAUCUAGCUAGCAAGCUAGCGUUAGCGUCAGGGGUCUUAUCGUCGCCAUGUCCGCCUCGGGUGGAUGCUCCCCGGCGGCGCAGAGGCCGGGCCUGGGCCCGGGGAUGUCUAUGUUCCGCUGGCUGGAAGUACUCGAGAAAGAGUUCGACAAGGCCUUCGUGGACGUGGACCUGCUGCUCGGGGAAAUCGACCCGGAUCAAGUCGACAUCACGUACGAGGGCCGGCAGAAGAUGACCAGCCUGAGCUCCUGCUUCGCGCAGCUCUGCCACAAAACCCAGACGGUGUUCCAGCUGAACCACAAACUAGACGCUCAGCUGGUGGACCUGCGCUCCGAGCUGACCGGGGCGACGGCUGAGAGGAAGGUGUUAGAACGGGAGGUCCACGACCAGCUCCUGCAGCUCCACGCUCUCCAGCUGCAGCUGCAUGGCAAGCAAGGCCUGGCGGAGGACUCCAACGCCAUCAAAGACAGACUGCCUGAAGCCCCGACUCUGGACGCCAUGGAACACGAACUGGAGGUCGGCAAGAAGGAGAAGUUGUCCGAAGCCCGACUGGAGGCGGAGGUGAAGCUCUUCCGGAAGGAGAACGAGGCUCUGCGCAGACACAUGGCGGUGCUGCAGGCCGAGGUGUACGGCGCCCGGCUGGCCGCCAAGUACCUGGACAAGGAGCUGGCCGGCAGGGUUCAGCAGAUCCAGCUGCUGGGCCGCGACAUGAAAGGCCCCGCCCACGACAAGCUGUGGAACCAGCUGGAGGCCGAGAUUCACCUCCACCGCCACAAGACGGUCAUCCGGGCCUGUAGGGGGCGCAACGACCCCAAGAAGCCUCUCCUGUCCCCAGCGGGCCAUCGCCCCGACAUGCUGAAGAAGAGCCAGGGCGUGGGCCCCAUCAGGAAGGUGGUGCUGCUGAAGGAGGACCACGAGGGGCUGGGCAUCUCCAUCACAGGCGGGAAGGAGCACGGCGUCCCCAUCCUGAUCUCAGAGAUCCACCCGGGGCAGCCUGCAGACCGCUGUGCAGGGCUGCACGUCGGGGACGCCGUGCUCGCCGUCAACAGCAUCAACCUGAGAGACGCCAAGCACAAGGAGGCCGUCACCAUCCUGUCCCAGCAGCGGGGGCAGAUAGAGUUCGAGGUUGUGUACGUGGCUCCGGAGGUGGACAGCGAUGACGAGAACGUGGAGUAUGAAGACGACUGUGGCCACCGGUACCGCCUGUACCUGGACGAGCUGGACGGCGGCGGCGGCUCGGCGUCACUGCAGGCUCUGGAGAAGAUGUCCUUAAGCAAUGGAGCAGAGAGCCGGGACCCCGGGGUCUCCAGCGAGACCCCCGCCGAGGAGAAGACCCCCGAGACGGACUCCUCCUCCUAGAGGCGGGGCCUCGCUGGUUUGCAUUUGGAGAUUUAACGAGCGGAUUGGUGGAGACAUCCGUCUCAAAGGACUGAUGAGAGAA